AUGAGUACUGCACGAUCUAGUCAUACUUCAUCCAUAUUAACGAAUGGAGCGGUUUUAGUUAAUGGUGGGUAUGCGGAUGGCUAUUUAGAUAUUGUUACAGAACUCUAUGAUCCAUCCACAGGAGCUUGGACGAUCACUGGCAACAUGAUUAGUCCGCGAAUGUAUCACACGGCUUCUGUAUUAACAAAUGGGAAAGUGCUAGUUGCUGGCGGAAUAUAUCCUUGGGAACCCAUAGCAAGUGCAGAAUUGUACGAUCCAUCAACAGGAUCAUGGACAAAUGCUGAAAACAUGAAUACAACACGAUCGUCGCACACUGCAUCCACAUUAGCAAAUGGGACCGUACUAAUUGCUGGAGGGGCAAAUGGAGAUUAUCUUGUAACGAGUGAAUUAUACGAUCCAUCAACAGGAUUGUGGGCAAACACCGGCAGCAUGGGUGAUGCACGAGUUAGUCACACUGCAUCCGUACUAACAAAUGGAAAAGUGUUAGUUGCUGGUGGAUCUGAUGGUGGUUCACUUUCUAGUGCAGAAUUAUACGAUCCAUUAACAGGGCUAUGGACAAAGACUGGCAGCAUGAAGGAUGCACGAGUUAGUCACACUGCAUCUGUAUUAACAAAUGGAAAAGUGUUAGUUGCUGGUGGAUUAGGUGAUGGUUCACUUUCUAGUGCAGAAUUAUACGAUCCAUUAACAGAAUUAUGGACAAACACCGGCAGCAUGAAUGAUGCACGAGAAUAUCACACUGCGUCUGUGUUAACAAAUGGAAAAGUGUUAGUGGUUGGUGAAGUUAAUGAAGGCGAUAAUGGUAUGCGUUUUAGUGCAGAAUUAUACAAUCCACUAACAGGGUUAUGGAUAAAAAUCAGAAGUAUGAAUGUUCCAAGACUCUUUCACACUGCAUCUGUGUUAACAAAUGGAAAUGUUUUAGUGGUUGGUGGAAUCCAUGGCUUAUUUUCUUGGAAUAGUGCGGAACUCUAUGAUCCAUCAAUAGAAGGUUGUACAAAUGCUAGCAACAAAAAUACUAAACACAUGAAGAAUAUGGCAUCGAUAUUAAAAAAUGAUAAUGUUUUAUUUCCUGGCGAUCGAAAUUAUUUUGAUUUGAAUAAUACAUAA